GGGGGCGUCACCCCGCCCCGCGCUUCAGGUAGCGACAGCCGCAGCAGCGGAGGGUGGCAGGCAGCGCUCUCCGCGGGCCGGGGCCGCUGAGGGCGGAAGGGGGCGUUCCCACGGCCCCCGCCCCGCGGCCCGCGCCCGUGAUGUCACAAUCGCGGCCGGCCCCGGCGUCCCCGGGUCGGCUUGGGGCGGUGGGCUGCGACGCUGCGAGCGAGGCGGACUGGGGCUCCCGAGUCAUGGCCUGCCCCCGGCCCCUCCCCCACUACGCCGCCCCCCGCGCCGGGCCCCCCCGCCGGGGCUAACGUGCGCGCGGCGGCUCCGAGGGGGCGGCCGCUGGGAAUGGCUGCACCCCCUUCGGCUCCCGUGCCGCGCUCGACCUUUUACCUGAGGAGGCCGACGCCCGGCCCGCAGUGCUCAUGGGGCAUGGAGGAGAGGGCGGCAGCCGGCGCCGGCUGCCGGGAGCCGCCGGGCCCCCUGCGGGUCGCCCCCGUCCCGUGCUUCGGCAUCUCUCUGCACCAGGACGACAUCCUGCCCGGUGCCUUGCGCCUCAUCCAGGAGCUGCGGCCGCAUUGGAAGCCCGAGCAAGUUCAGACCAAGCGCUUCACUGACGGUAUCACCAACAAGCUGGUGGCCUGCUACGUGGAGGAAGACAUGCGUGACUGUGUGCUGGUUCGGGUGUACGGGGAGCGGACGGAGCUACUGGUGGACCGGGAGAACGAGGUCAGGAACUUCCAGCUGCUGCGAGCACACGGCUGCGCCCCCAAACUCUACUGCACCUUCCAGAAUGGGCUUUGCUAUGAGUACAUGCAGGGCAUGGCCCUGGGGCCUGAGCACAUCCGUGAGCCCCGGCUCUUCAGGCUAAUCGCCUUAGAAAUGGCAAAGAUUCACACCAUCCACGCGAACGGCAGCCUGCCCAAGCCUACUCUCUGGCACAAGAUGCACAGUUAUUUCACCCUUGUGAAGAACGAAAUCAACCCCAGCCUCUCUGCAGAUGUCCCUGAGAUAGAGGUGUUGGAACGGGAGCUGGCCUGGCUGAAGGAGCAUCUGUCCCAGCUGGACUCCCCUGUGGUGUUUUGUCACAAUGACCUGCUCUGCAAGAAUAUCAUCUAUGACAGCACCAAAGGUCAUGUACGGUUCAUUGACUAUGAAUAUGCCGGCUACAACUACCAAGCUUUUGACAUUGGCAACCACUUCAAUGAGUUUGCAGGUGUAAAUGAAGUCGAUUACUGCCAAUACCCUGCAAGGGAGACCCAGCUGCAGUGGCUGCGCUACUACCUGCAGGCACAAAAGGGGAUGGCUGUGACCUCCAGGGAGGUGGAGAGGCUCUACGUGCAAGUCAACAAGUUUGCCCUGGCGUCUCAUUUUUUCUGGGCACUCUGGGCCCUCAUUCAGAACCAGUUCUCCACCAUCGACUUUGAUUUCCUCAGGUACGCGGUGAUCCGAUUCAACCAGUACUUCAAGGUGAAGCCUCAAGUGUUGGCCUUGGAGAUGCCAAAGUGACCAUCGUCCCCACCCCUCCCCUCCCCAUCUGCCUGGCAGGCUGUUUCUCCAGGACUCAGCUCUGCUCUGGGGUCCAUACCCUUGGACAGGGUGGGAGAGGGGACAGGUAUGUGUCCAGAGAAGACUCCACCCCUGCCACCAGCCCCCAUCCGGUGCCGCUGUGACCACAUUCUCUUGUUUGGAGGGGCUGAUGGACCCAGCUCUGGGGGUCCCCUUUACCUGACUUGGGGGAAGUGCCUGCAGCCAGCCAAGGCCCAGACCACAACCACCCCUGGGAAGCCUGGUGCUCCCAGCCCCAGGCCAGGCUGCCUUAGAUGUGUCUUUGACCUUCCUGGUUUGGGGAGGGGGGAAGGUUGGGAGGGCUCCUUUCUACCUCCAGUGCCCUGAGCCUCCAGCCCAUCUCCCCACAAGGCCCCACGUGGGAGGUGCUGAGCCCAAACCAGCAUCAUGCCAACUCUGACAGAUGGAUGUACAUACCUUGGGGGGCGGGAGGGGGGUGUCUAGAAUCGAGUUUGACAGCUCCCCAGCAGCUGCCUCGUCUGAGAUCCCUCCCUUUCUCCAAGCCGGAUCCAAUCAAAUCACCCCUUCCCAAAACUCAGUGAGGACUCCUGCUCCCCUCCUGUCAUUCCCGCUGCAGCCUGCUGGGAGGGAAGGUGAGGGCGUGGUGAUGGCUGGACAUCCAGAGCCCGGCUCUCAUUUCAUGCUGUGACUUGACAGAGGAGACAGCGCACCCCCCACCCCCGCCUUGUUCCUUCCCCUGCCCUCCAGGCCCUCAUUUCCAAGGAUCUGUCCAUGACCACCUUCUGUCCUCAAGUUGACCCAGGGGCUCCCCACUUGGGAAAGACUAGUCAAGGGGCAGGGACCAGGGACCUGCAGGGCCCGCCUGGCAUGUGAGAGCCUGGGUUGGAAGUGCUGACUGAGCCCAUUGCGCCUGACUCAAGGGCCACCACCUCCCUUUUGCCCUCAGCCCCUGGGGCCUUCAGCUUGGGCCCACAAGGUGAUUCAUUUGUAAAUUGUCUUGAUUUUCUGCAUUAAAAUGGCCAUUUCUGGACCA